AUAUACAUUUAUAUUUACAGAUUAUUAGGUCCGCAUCCAAAUUGUUACACGUAUUCAAAACGACUUACGGAAACAUUGGUGGCCAAUGAAUACCCUAAUCUUCCGUGUAUUAUUGCUAGACCUUCCAUCGUAUUUCCUAUUUUAUUGGAGCCAGUCCCAGGAUGGGUUGACACUUUAAAUGGAAUUGGAGGCAUAAUUGUCGGCGCAGGCAAAGGUGUUAUUAGAUCGAUACAUUGCAUACCAACUUAUUGUGCCGAAAUUAUUCCAGUCGACAUUGCAAUUAAUGAUUUAAUUGUCUUAUCAUAUAUGAUUGGUACCAGCAAAAUAAAAUCAAAAAGCAUACCAGUGUACAACAUAACGCAGGGAAAUGUAAGGCCCAUUACAUGGGGUGAAAUGUUAGAGAAAGGCAGAAAAAUCAUUUAUGAUUAUCCUUUUGAAGGACAGGCUUGGUAUCCGGAUGGUGAUAUACGUACCAACAAAUAUGUGCACAACUUAUUUGUCUUUUUCUUUCACAUCAUUCCUGCGUAUUUAAUCGAUUUUCUCAUGUUGAUAUUUCGACAGAAGAGAUUUAUGGUCAGAAUUCAAAAGCGAAUUUCAGUCGGUCUGGAAGUAUUGCAAUAUUUUACCACGAGGAAUUGGAAAUUUUGUAACGAUAAGGGGAUUGCAAUAGCCAACAAACAAUCACCAGCAGAUCAAAACCUAUUUCCCAUUGCAAUUCGUCAUCUUGAUGAAGACAAAUACACUAUGGAUAUAAUUCUUGGAAUACGGCAAUACUGUAUGAAAGAAGAUCUAUCUACUUUGCCAAAAGCCCGUCGUCAUCAAAAAGUAAUGUAUGUUAUCCAUAUCACGACGGUGUGUCUAUUUUAUUUUGGAAUAUUCUAUUGUAUUUACAACACUUGCGAAAUAGUGAAAAUCUUGGUGAAGUAUGUUAUUGGAAAACUACAAUCACUCGUUUUUGCAUAAUUGAAGAGAUACAUGGAAGUUUAAGAUUUGUUAUGAUAUAUAUUAGUAUGCAAGUUUUGGAGCGCACAUAGUAAGAAACAAGAAUUCUUUUAAUAUUUUACACUAUGUAUCCAUUACAAUAAGGUUUUUGAUGUAUUUGUUAAUAUUAUUUAUAAGUGUAAUUAAAACAAAGAGUCAUAAGUAUCUGUAAAAA